GGCAGGGCCCCCGCGCAUCGCGGAGUGGGCUGUGAUUGGAGGAAGAGCCGGUGCCGGGCGGGCCCCAGCGGGUACAGAGCAGGUGCCUCCAGUCCGCCCCGCGCGCCAAGCUGCGCGCACUGGGUCCCGAAGCGCCCGCGGGCGCCCGGCAGGGGAGCGCACGUCGUUUCGGAUGCAAACGCCCGGAUCCCGGGCGUCUGACGCCGCUGGGAGGGCAGCGAGGCCCCAGGUACCUAUUACACCAUUCCUUGGCGAAGGCUAUUCAGCAGUGGUGACCUCUUCCACCCCAACACUCUACAAAUUAUUAUCUCUGGAUUCCCAGCUGACACCCUGCCGGAGGCAAAAGCUACUAAGCCAACUGGAACUGUGCCUUUUCUCUUGUCAAGGUUUUUUUCUUACACAGGAAAAAGAAAGAAAAAAAAAAGAUGAAGUUGGGCAAAGUGGAAUUCUGCCAUUUUCUGCAGCUAAUAGCUCUUUUCCUGUGUUUUUCUGGGAUGAGUCAAGCAGAACUCUCAAGGUCCAGAUCAAAGCCCUAUUUCCAAUCAGGGAGGUCCCGGACGAAGCGCAGCUGGGUGUGGAAUCAGUUCUUUGUGCUGGAGGAAUACAUGGGUUCAGACCCCCUCUAUGUAGGAAAGCUUCACUCUGAUGUUGAUAAAGGAGAUGGUUCCAUCAAAUACAUCUUGUCAGGCGAAGGGGCAAGUUCCAUUUUCAUUAUUGAUGAGAACACUGGGGAUAUUCAUGCUACCAAGAGACUGGAUCGCGAGGAGCAGGCCUACUACACGCUCCGAGCUCAAGCGCUGGACCGGCUCACCAACAAACCCGUGGAGCCCGAAUCUGAGUUUGUCAUCAAAAUUCAGGAUAUCAAUGACAAUGAACCCAAAUUUUUGGAUGGUCCAUACACCGCAGGAGUUCCUGAAAUGUCUCCUGUGGGCACCUCAGUAGUCCAAGUGACAGCGACGGAUGCUGAUGACCCUACAUAUGGCAACAGCGCCAGAGUGGUCUACAGCAUUCUUCAAGGACAGCCAUACUUCUCAGUGGAACCAAAGACAGGAGUCAUCAAGACUGCCCUUCCAAACAUGGAUAGAGAGGCUAAAGACCAGUAUUUGCUUGUUAUUCAGGCAAAGGAUAUGGUUGGUCAAAAUGGAGGACUGUCAGGAACUACAUCAGUCACCGUGACCCUAACUGAUGUCAACGAUAACCCACCUCGCUUUCCUCGAAGGUCUUACCAAUAUAACGUCCCUGAAUCAUUGCCUGUAGCCUCAGUUGUGGCCAGAAUUAAAGCUGCUGAUGCAGAUAUUGGAGCUAACGCUGAAAUGGAAUACAAAAUUGUGGAUGGUGAUGGAUUAGGGGUUUUCAAGAUUUCUGUUGACAAAGAUACACAGGAAGGAAUCAUUACUAUACAGAAGGAACUAGAUUUUGAAGUCAAAACAAGUUACACACUACGGAUAGAAGCUGCAAAUAAAGAUGCCGACCCUCGCUUUCUAAGCUUGGGGCCAUUCAGCGACACAACAACUGUGAAGAUAAUCGUGGAAGAUGUGGAUGAGCCCCCUGUGUUUUCGUCACCCUUGUACCCCAUGGAGGUGUCGGAAGCCACCCAAGUUGGGAAUAUCAUUGGCACCGUGGCGGCUCAUGACCCAGAUUCUUCCAACAGCCCUGUGAGGUAUUCAAUUGACAGAAACACAGACUUGGAGAGAUACUUCAAUAUUGAUGCCAACAGUGGAGUUAUUACAACUGCCAAAUCUUUGGACCGAGAGACAAAUGCUAUUCAUAAUAUCACAGUCCUUGCAAUGGAGAGCCAGAAUCCAUCUCAAGUAGGAAGAGGCUAUGUGGCCAUUACUAUACUUGACAUUAAUGACAAUGCCCCUGAAUUUGCCAUGGACUAUGAGACCACUGUCUGUGAAAAUGCCCAGCCAGGGCAGGUCAUCCAGAAAAUCAGUGCAGUUGAUAAAGAUGAGCCAUCCAAUGGACACCAAUUUUACUUCAGCUUAACGACGGAUGCAUCAAAUAAUCACAACUUUUCAUUGAAAGAUAACAAAGAUAACACAGCCUCAAUACUAACCAGGAGAAAUGGCUUCAGGAGACAGGAGCAAUCAGUCUACUAUCUGCCGGUUUUCAUCGUGGACAGUGGAUCCCCUUCACUUAGCAGCACCAACACACUCACUAUCCGUGUCUGCGACUGUGAUGCCGACGGCAUAGCCCAGACCUGCAAUGCGGAGGCCUACGUCUUACCUGCCGGCCUUAGUACGGGAGCCCUGAUAGCGAUACUCGCCUGUGUCUUGACAUUAUUGGUGUUGAUCCUUCUCAUCGUCACUAUGAGAAGACGGAAAAAAGAGCCCCUUAUUUUUGAUGAAGAGAGAGAUAUCAGAGAAAAUAUCGUUAGAUAUGAUGACGAGGGCGGGGGAGAGGAAGACACAGAAGCUUUUGACAUGGCUGCACUGAGAAACCUCAAUGUCAUCCGAGACACCAAGACCCGGAGGGAUGUGACUCCAGAAAUUCAGUUCCUGAGUCGACCGACUUUUAAAAGCAUCCCAGAUAAUGUCAUUUUUAGGGAAUUUAUUUGGGAAAGACUGAAAGAAGCCGAUGUUGACCCCGGCGCUCCCCCGUACGAUUCUUUGCAGACUUACGCGUUUGAGGGCAACGGCUCUGUGGCCGAAUCACUGAGCUCUUUAGAUUCCAUCAGCUCAAACUCUGAUCAGAACUACGACUACCUGAGUGACUGGGGACCUCGUUUUAAACGACUUGCAGACAUGUAUGGGACUGGCCAAGAGAGCUUGUACUCAUAGCCUUGACACCUUACUCUGAAAUGUACUGAAGAAAAAGUAACAGC